ACGCAACGCGUAGCACCUACGCCACUCCCCUGCGACAAAGAGAUUCAUGGAUGCUCCUACCGAUAACACGACUGCAGGAUCUCCUACUCGCGGCCAUGAGGUGGACCAGGAUAUCAUGGAGCCGUUCCACUACAUCAACCAAGUCCCCGGGAAGGAUGUCAGGGGCAAGCUAAUAGACGCGUUCCAGAUUUGGCUCGACAUCCCGGCGGAAAGAAUCGACGCGAUAAAGGAGGUGGUGGGGAUGCUUCACAAUGCCAGCCUACUCGUGGAUGAUAUCGAAGACAACUCCAAGCUGCGAAGAGGAGUACCGGUGGCGCAUUCCAUCUAUGGUGUGGCCUCAACGAUCAACACUGCCAACUACGUGUACUUUCAGGCUUUGGAGCGAACGCACGCCUUGGGGAACUCGCGGGCUCUGGAGACCUUCGUCCACGAGCAGCUCAACCUUCACCGAGGGCAGGGGAGGGACAUCCUUUGGCGAGACUCGAACCGAUGUCCGACGGAGGAGGAGUACGAGUCCAUGGUGCUUGACAAGACCGGAGGGCUGUUCCGACUUGCGGUGGGUCUAAUGCAGGCCUUCAGCCAAGACCAGCGAAACUACACCCCGCUGCUCGAUCAGCUGGCCCUGUACUUCCAGAUUAGGGACGACCUCAUCAACCUCUCCAGCCCCGAGUACAUGAAGGGCAAGAGCUUCUGCGAGGACUUGACGGAGGGGAAGUUUUCGUUUCCGAUCAUCCACUGCGUGAGGGCCAAGCCGAACGAUCAUCGGCUGCUGAACAUCCUCAAGCAGAGGACGGAGGACGUGGACGUGAAGAAGCACGCCGUCGUGUGGAUGAAGCAAGCGGGUUCUUUCGUGUACACGAGACAUCGACUGGUGUCUCUCAAGGAGAGCAUCGCCGAAGGGAUACAGUUGCUCGGGGGUCACCUCGGGUUGAGCCGAUUGAUAGAGGGCUUGGAUCGUCAGCUGGAGGGCUUGGACCUCGCCGAGCCCUCUUCCUCGGGGGAGCCGGCGUCAUCUUCGAUAGGCGGGAGCGGGAGCUCGCCCGGCUUCCUCGACUCGAUCUGAAAGGUUGCGUUCGCAGGCACGUAGGGCUACGCGUGUCGUGUGUUUGGAGGCUAGCUUCGCGCUUCCUUUCGCUGUGUACAUACUGAAGAAGGAGAGAGAUAUGGCCGCAUUUUUCUUGCGAUGAGGCGGUGUUCAUCUGGUCGUUGGUUGAAGGUUCCACGAGAGGAACGUGGUCUGGCACGGGCUGGACAGGUACAAUGAAGUGCUUGAGUGUUGGAGAUGCUCAAAACAUAUCCUCAGAGGGAGGACACGAACACUUGGCACGGUAAUGUUAUUCCUUCGAAAGUGAAUUUCGCGCAACUUGUUCAUCCUUGGAGAGAUGGUCAUCACCAAAGUCUCCGCGGUGUCGCAAGGGGGGCCACGCGAUUUCGCGAAAAUGCAUCAUGCCACUGUGUCGAAAAAGGAAGACGUCGGUAGCUGGUUGGAAUAUGCCCCGUUCUACACACGCGGCUACUGCUGAAUGAGCGUACAAUUUUCCAAGCUUCCAUCCUUGUUUUGGCACAGGCAAAGCCAAACCUCCGACACAACACCACGACUUGCCCCGACAGGGCAUCGGCAAAUCGGAGCUCGAGCACGCACCAACGUGAGAGUCGUAGGUGCUGCUUGCAGCACAGCAGGGGCUCCCUCACUAAUGUGAGAGCGGGAGAAAAACUGCUAAUGUUGGCCAGCCAUGUAUGAUCCAAGCUCCGACACAGCUAAUAGCUGCUCCUGUUCCGCGUGACCCUCUGAAGCAGGCUGCGGGCUAUUCCGCGCAUCCUUCAACACUUUGCCCUUGGAUGCGGCGAACACGCGUCUAUCAGACUCUUGCAGGAGCAGCGAGGCAGCCGCAUGAGAAGCCUUGACGUAGAUGCUACAGCACCGCAGGGACUCUCCUCGAGGCGCACUAAAACGUGCUUCGGGCGAACGGUGGAAUAAAACGGAUGCACUCGGAACAACGAAGAACAGAUAUAUCGAUAUAUGUGCAUGGCGCGACACGCGCGAUUCGAUUCACCAUGACUCCGCAAGGGUGGCGCCCAUCCAUGUGGACGGAUGGAUACUGGGGUGUGGGGGCAUGUAAUAGACACCUCAUAUUCGCGGAAGGCUCGAGCUGCAGCAUCAGGAUGUACGACGUCGGUUGUGAAUACCCCACCCAAACCCCGAUACAUGCCGUGCGGAGAAGCAUGCCGAUCACCCCCUCUCGUGACGGGCGUCGACUGCAGUCGCGCGCCGCGGUGCACACCGCAAUAUUCUAGCGGCCCCAGGAAGAGGCUCAAUUAUCUUCGACUGAGGUAUCUUCUGUUGGUCGUCACGCCGGUUCCGGUCAAAUUGGUCCGUGCGCUCAUGUCUACCGCCGGACCCUAAGACCGUGGCACGAUGAAAGGAAAAUCAGUUAAAAAACAACUACGAUAAAACAAAAAAACUCAAUAUCUUGUCAAAACCGUAUGCACACAACGACAGAAAAGAAAAUGGAACAUCGGCUCGGCUCGGCCGGACAAGAGGCAUGCAGCAGCAGCUCUCUAGGGCUCUUUUCACUUCAGUUUCACGACUG